CAAUUUCUUUUCUAACACGUUGACGUCGGCCAAGGAAGAGAGUAAGCGAAGACCCCUUAAACGUUAAACCCUUUACUUUCCAACCACUGCAAAACCCUAACCUCCGGGGGUUCCAAAAUUUCCACGACGAGGCACCGCAAUGGACGAACCGAACGAAGCACAAGACAACAGAGAACUCUACGCGCUCUUGAAUUUGUCUCCAGAAGCUUCCGAUGAAGAAAUUCGCAGAGCGUAUCGUCAAUGGGCGCAAGCCUAUCAUCCCGAUAAAUACCAAGCUCCUCACAUGAAGGAUAUUGCUACGGAGAACUUUCAGCGAAUAUGCGAAGCGUAUGAGAUUCUUUCAGAUCCAAAUAAAAGGCAAAUAUAUGAUAUCUACGGCAUGGAGGGGUUGACCUCUGGUUUGGAACUUGGUCCAAAGCUUAAUGGAGCUGAAGAGAUCAAGGCAGAACUCGAGAGAUUGAAGAGGAUGAAGGAACGCGAGAAAAUGGCGGCGCAUUUUCAACCCUCCGGUACAAUUGUGGCCAAUAUGUCUUUGCCACGCUAUCUAGACGGAAAUGGCAUGCUCAGAGGAAUGGCUAUGACAAGUGAAAUCCAGUCUCAGUUAUCAAAGCGUAAUGCUGUUACGAUUGGUGGUAAUUUAGCAGUGAAUGGAGAGGAAGGCGGUGGAGCUGCUACUGCUGUAUUUAGGCAUCAUCUUUCAGAAGUUUCGUCAGUAGAGGUUGUGGCCUCAGCUGGUCUGCGUGCACUAAUUGGGGUGCAAACAACUCGUAAUCUAUCAUCACACUCAGCUGCAACAAUGGGCAUAGCAUUGUCUCUGAAAGACGGUUCAUUGAAUCUUUCAAAUUUAUGGACCCGCCAACUGUCAGAAACAGCAAGCGGACAUAUAGAGCUUGCUUUGGGGCCACAUUCAUCUGUAACUGUUGGGUGGCAAAAGAAAGAUCAGAGAAGGUCUGCCUCUGGAGAAGUGAAGUUUGGCACAGGUUCUUUUGAGACAUCAGUUCAUUAUACUCAUCGUUUUUCUCCUAAAUCUCUUGGCUGCAUUGUGGGAAGAGUUGGGAGUUCUUCCCUUGAGGUUGAAGUCGGUGGUGGGAGGAAGCUAUCCAAAUUCAGCUCGGUACGCUGGUUGUAUAUAAUAGGAAUUCAGGGUAUUUCCUGGAAAUUUGAGCUGUAUCGUGGGGGUCAGAAGUUAAUUAUUCCUAUUUUGCUGACAAGACAUCUGAACCCUGUGUUUGCUACUGGAGCAUUUGUUGUUCCUGCAUCUCUUUACUUUGUUCUAAAGAAACUUUUUAUUAAACCUUAUUACCUUAGAAGGAAUAAACAGAAGGCUCUGGAGGAGAAGGAGAAAACUUCUGCUCAGGUUAAGGAAGCACGAGCUACAGCAGAGAAAGCUCAGAAUUUACAACAAAAUGUGGCUAAUAGGAAAAGAAACAAGCAAUUAGAAACAGGUGGACUGGUUAUUAUGAGAGCACUAUAUGGAAAUCAGAGAAUUUUGAACAACUUAAAGUCAUCAAGUGAAACAAGUUUUGAAUUAACUUCAGAAGUCAUUGAUGUUACAAUACCUUUGAAUUUUCUAGUUAAUGAUUCUGGCCAACUCAAGCUUCAUGAAGGUGUAAAAAAAUCAGGCAUCAUGGGUUUCUGUGAUCCAUGUCCUGGAAGUCCUAAAGACUUGUAUGUAGAGUACGUCUAUGCUGGCAAUCAAUACAGGGUUUGGGCUGGUGAUUAUGAAGAAUUACAGAUCCCUCAGGGCAGCCACAGGAUAUAAAGGAUUAUUAUUAACACAUCAAUAUAUCAUUGUAACCUCUUGCAGUUUUGCCUGAUUUAUAUACGCUUGAGGUACUACUGCAUUUUAUCCUGUCAGAUGGAAUUAGAGGAGGUACCUUUUACGAUUUUUGGGCCAGUGGUACCGUCACUUAUUUUUUAAAUCUUUUAUUUUUCCCAUAAUUUAUUACACCCCGAAAAUGUAUGAAAUAAGGAUAUUUUAGGAGGCGGUUUUAGUAUUUUGUCAAGUUGCGUCUCUCUCUCUAAACUAUUAACUCUGCUGCUGGAUCCCAAUUUUGGUUAGUCAUACUCCUUUUAUUGUUGAUUCGUUGCCCGUUCACAUAAAUUCUUUCUCGAGACAACAGCCAACAGCUGUUGGAGGUUUGAUUUGAUGUUUGUAUUAUCAAGUUUUCAUUUGGGUUUGUACUUAAAAUAUGAUACACUAUUUAUGACAAUAACAUCGGUGAAUCAAAUUGAGCGCCGAAACAUGUUUAUGUUUA